UCAUAACAAGGGAACACUCUGUCUAAAGCAGAUGCUAGCGCAAGUCCCAAAUUUUUCCUCCGAUAUCCAAUUACUGUAGAAUGAACUUCUAGUAAAAAGCCCUAAUAAGCGUUCGUAGACUCAAAAAGGAAUCGUAUUUGCUACCAUGACAUGCAGCAAAGCGGACAGAAAUAUGAAACAUGUUUGAACGAUGAUGUGAAUGGGAUAACUAUAAGACGUGUUAGUUGCUGAACUUGUGUGUUUGUCAUUUAGUUUUUUAUUAAAAAGCUGAAGGAUGCAAUGCAAAAUGCUCGUUUACUUUCGAUCCGGAAUUGAAGUGAGAAAGCAAAUAUAGUUUACAUUUCAUGUUUGGUUAGCUGUGAAAGGCUUUCAACCGGAAAUUUAGUAGAAUUAUGGCUUUUUUGUGAAAAUGUAAUUACUUUUCAAGACAUUUUGUUUGGAACAGGAUGCAUCAAAAUUAAUUUUUAAAAACCGUCCAGCGGGUGACCACAGUAGGGAGUCUGAGGACUACUUUGGGUGGCUUUGUUGUUCAGCGGAAUAAAGAAUAAAGAGCAAAGCGAUGAAGCGAGGUGGGGACUGGGAGGGGAGGGGUAAAUAAAAAUUAUAUAGUUUUACUUUCUAUUAAAAACAACUGCAUUCGUCAUGAAUCUCAAGAAAUGGGUGGCAGCCAUAUUGAAUACUGACUUUGGUGAGGCUGCAAACACACGCAAGUUAUCACACCGCAUACUACAACCUAAUCUUUCCGUCCCCUUCCCUCGUUCAACAUAGCUACAUACACAUUCGACAAGGCCCCCUCGCCCACCCGCUUUGGAAAUCAAAUUGCCAUGUUUAGAUUAAUCACGCCCUAAAUCACUUCGAGUGGCUUACUGAUGAAUCGCACGCGCUAUCUCAGUGGUUGGUCGGCUACAGAUGGUUAUCGAUCAGGGGUUACGAUCAUGUAUUCCAUUUACAUAAAUGGCAUUGUGAUCUGCUUGGCUUCUUUCCCGAUGAGUCUUUAAAUGGCUUCCCUUCACCAAAAUUGUCUGCUCCUCUGUCUGGGAGUUGUUUUAAGCUUGUCGCAUUUAAAUCUCUGUUUCGGUGUUCAAGGCUUCCCUGAAGAGGAACCACAAUGUUCUUUUCCGGGAUUUUUGCAAGACUCGGGUCCAAAAUUGUCAAACAGAGAAUGGCGCCAUUGGUCACGAGGCAAGAGAUUUCCUUACGAAAGAAAUAAACCUUUCAAUGAAUUCAGAAACAACAGAAUGAAAGAAGAGUACAAAUGGGUCUUCAACGAAGGGAAAAUUGAGAUAUUGGGAGAUUCGUAUUCUUCAAGAACUAAAUCGGUGUUUUACUGUUGGAGAAAGCUUGCUCCUCAUGUUUUCAUUAUCCUCCGUAAUGACUCGAUGAAUGAAACUCGCUCGAACGUAAAGUAUUAUUCUUGGAUGAAAUUCCGGAAAAGAGGGCGAAGUGUGGUCACAUACGAACAGUCGCCCUGGAGACCCAAUCAAACGCACCUGGCCUGUAAUGCAAGUGAUCUACUGGCGAACGAAAGUCCUUUGCUUUCAAGUGUUUUAGAGGAGAUACCGGAUUGUCCGGCUGUGCUAAGGGGAGGAUUUCAAAUUACUGAGGUCGAUAAUGAGCUAAUAGGGAAACAAUGCCUCCCUAACAAAGACGCUGCGAUUAUGGGAACGUUUGAAUCUGACUGUGUGGGUAAGGAAGGCUUACGGAUCCACUUAACAAGGAACACUCAUUGUUUAAUGAGAGAGCGUCAUCUGAAUAACCCUUUCACCAUCGAUCUGGCUUUGUCUUGCUUCAGUGCACCAUGGAGAGAUGGAAAUUUUACAUACUUUAUUGCCAAGAGACGAACUUAUACAGCGAGGAGCGCAUUUUCAUUUCUCGCAUCAGACUUCUUCUGUAUUAGAUUUCGAAAACUUACAAACAGAGACAGAGACAACGUUGUAUUGCAUCUUUACAAUGCGCCGAUUUGCACGAGAAAUGCGUCAGACGGAGUAAGAUCAUUAACAUUUCACAUGAGACGAGGAGUGAACGUUGGAGAAACAGACAGACCUCUUUCUCAAAUCACUAAAGUGGAGUGUAACUUCCCAGAAAAAAUUCGUGGAAUCUGGAAAGAAAUAUCCGUUCAUAAUGGUUUACGUAACGUCUUCAUAAACGAAACAUCAAUUAAUAUUCCCCCAUAUGGAAACUUCCAUUGUAAACAGAGGUAUGUUUUUCAGCAUCAGGCUCCCCACGAAUGCAGUUCAUUAGUUACCGGGAAAUGGCCUGGAUCGGGACGGUCAAAAUUCUUUAUCGAUGAUUAUAUACUAGUGUCAAACUUUACCAAUGGCUGUUAUCCCAGAUUAAGUCGCCUAGGUAUCACAGACAUCGUUGGAAGUGAUAUGUUAGUAUACAGACUUUCCCAAAGUCAGUUGAUAAUCCCGAAUGGUCAUAACAAUGAUUCUUUAGUGUAUUAUUACUAUAAUCAUAUCCUGCGACUGUUUUGCUCAAGCUGGCUUCCAUACAUGAAAGAUCCUUAUCCUGUCUGGGGUCGCAAUAUUGACAAAAUCAUAAUAAGACGCCAUGCACCUCUGAGAAAAACCAGCUGCUUUCUUCCGUCCCGGGGGAAAGGAGUUUACCAUUUCAAGUCAGUUAACAGUGGUAAUCAGGUUGAAUGCAAGGGACCACUGUCACGUGUCGAUUUUGCGUGCAACAAUACGCUUUCAUUUGAAGUGAAGUACGAUCCAGGUUGCCAGACGUCUGACACCGUUUAUUCUUGCAUCGGAAAAGCGUGGAAAAUGGGCGAUUUUUUCUUAGUUCAAGAAAUCAAAACUAAAAAUAUCAGCUGCAUGUGGUUUGAUGAGUCAGACAAACAGAUGUUUCUUUUAAACUCGCCCCAGUGCUCGGACAUAGACUGGGGACAAGGAAUGGAUCCUCCAAAAGAUGUCAACUUUGAAGAAAUUUUAACUUUUCAGUAUUAUAGCAAAUGUCCAGUUUAUUCUGAAUCGCGUGACCUUGACUAUCCAAUAAUAAUCAAGUUUCGGAAUAUGUCACGUAAUUUGAACUUAAUGUCACGCUUGCAGGUCUUAGCUUGUCUUCUAAUUUCAUUCACACAUUAAGAAAGCUCAGGGAAGAAAGCGUAAUUAAAGGCGAGAGAGGAUGACCCAAGACAAGCUAACGUUCUUGUACCAGGUCACAAGCUGCAUGAGCUCCUGCCGCCCAGGAAUGUAUCUAGAGUGGACUGAAGGAAAAAGCGCGCUUUCAAUUUACCUGUGGUCCGUACGAACAGGUGACGUCAUAGUUUUAUCUUUCAUCAUUCACGCACGCUUUGUAUAAGCUGACCUUAUUGUAUGUUACCUAGUUUUUAAUAUUUUAAAAGUAUGUCACUAUUUCUUAUAUAUUUCUUAAUAUUGUCAAUGAAUGUGUAAUUCAACCUUUGGUUGCAAUGUUUUUCAAAUAAAACUAUCUAUCUAUCUAUCUAUCUAUCUAUCUAUCUAUCUAUCCAUUCCACACAUGACGAGUUUCUUAAAUUUAUUUUCAAACUUCGCUGGGCGCCGUGGACUCAGUUGACUUUUCGCACCACCAGUGAUUAUCGGAGGUUGAGGAAUUGUUAGUAGGGACAGAAAAAGUAAAUAAAAUGGAGCUUUGUAUAAGCUCUUGAGGGAUGGCUUACUUCUGAUCACAACUAAGCUUACCAUCUUAAAUAUCUGUGGUUUCGGGUUUCUAUGGUAAUGGUUACUGUGGCAUUUACAAUGUAGUUCAAAGAUAUUGCCUCUAAAAUCUGUCCCUAGUUGUCAGUCUUCAA